UUCAGCCCACCCACUUUAGUUUUGUAGCGUGCUGUGGGUCUCUCUAAGUUAUUCUCUCUCAGUCGUGCGUUGGUGUCAUGUUGUCCUUGUGUCAAUACAACUGCGUUCACUGCUUCUGAAUUGGAGUAGAGACUGGAUGCUUUCAAGAGAUAAACUGACAGACUAAAGAGUAUUUUGUAGACAUCACACCAUAGCGCACUGAUGAAGGUGUUGAGUGGCCACGUUGUGACAAAAUCUCAGUCUGAGAACAUGGAUCUACUCAUCAUGUCAGCCUCAGAUGGUCAUAACAAUAUGGAACUCCCCCAACUUAAGCAACCAAAUGAUAACAAGUUGGUGACCUCCUCCCACACUGACAAUAUCAGCCGAAAGCGCUGGAGGAACGUUUUUCAGCGGGUAAAAAGAAGACAGAUGGAUCCUGGUUGUGCUACUCAGCUUCAAAGCAAGGCACUUUUUGGACAAGAUUUGUCAGAUGUUUGUGAAAAAAAUGGCUAUCCCCCAGAACCCAUUAUGGAUAUUCUGUUAGCACUGUGCAGAAAGGGCCCAUACACAGAAGGGGUUUUCAGGAAAGCUGGUAAUGCUAAGGCUCUGAAAGAAAUCAAGGAGCAACUCAACAAUGGAGUGGAAGUUGAUCUGAAAACUAAGCCUGUGAUCUUACUAGCUGAUCUCCUCAAGGAUUACUUGAGGCACCUGCCUGGCAGUUUGCUAAUGGCGGAUCAAUACCAGGCCUGGAUGACAGCAAUGCAAAAGAAUGAUUUACAUGAAAGGUGCACUGAGCUCCAAUUGGUGAUUAACACACUUCCAGAACCAAAUAUCAUCCUCCUGAAACACCUAAUUGUUUUGCUGUACCACAUAUGUGCCAAUACAGAUAGAAACAAGAUGAAUUCCUCCAGUCUAGCUGUUUGCAUUUCACCCAACUUGCUCCAGACUGACAUUGAACUGAUAAAAAAUGUGACAAAACUGACUGAGUUCCUCAUUGAAAACUGUUGUGAAAUAUUUGGAACGGAUGCAUUGACACUUCUUGGGGACCCAGAAGAGGAAGAACUCAGUGAUAAAAAUGAUUCACUGACCUCACUCCAUCAUGAUUCUGCCUAUGACACUGAUGUGGAUGGGUAUAAAGGAAGCUACACAGAAAUGCACGCCUUCCAUUCUGAUUCGGAAGAGAAAUCUCUGGAUUGCUUUCAAGUGUCCUCCUCCCCUGAUACUGAGAGGAAACACACGAGUAAACCUUUUAUUCGCAGGUGCUCUGAGCCAACAAUUGUAUUCAACAAAAGUGCUCGAAACCAGCCUGCCCUAAGCAGGAGCCACACAGAGAUGGACUUUUAUGGACAUAUAUUGACAAAACAGAUCUCAGAUGAACGUGUUUUGACAGGGGCUGACGAACGGUUGUCUCUUAUGCCUAAGAACAUCUGUGUUUCACCUCCAGGUGAAUAUUUCCAGUAUACAUGUAAAGACUGCUCAUGCUGCUCCUCAAGUUCUCUGGAAAGCACCUUCUCCAGUGCCUCGGAGAACUCCAUCCAAACUAACUCUUCUAUAAAUUCAUCCCCCAGUCACAGACAGGCCGUCCAACGGAAACUGUCUUUCCCUAGCCGUUCAAAGGCAACUGUGCUUGGUGAAAGCAAGAAACGCUCCCAAUCAAUGAAAGCCCCAAAUUCUCGGACUAAGGUUUGCUUUUCUCGGGGUGGCAUUAGCAAGCGAGCUCAGAAGGCCUUACGCCACAGCCAGACUCUCCCUGAAGUGCUGCCUUUAGACAGGACCUUCUUCGUGUCACAAAAGCCUAGACGUUUAUCUAGUGAGGAAGUGUUCCAGCAAGUGGACAGCAGGAUUUUGAGUAAUCCUCCAUCGUAUGAGCAGGCAAUUCUAGACAAUGCUCAAACUGUGCUUUCACUCUGCAGCCCAUUGACUGUUGAUGCUGCCAGGUGUAUGUCAAGGCACACAAGCAGUCAGUCCACAUUCCCUGCAGAACCAUCAAAUUCCUGCUCAGUAAAACAUAGCAUUUGCUGGGGUGGAGAGAGGAGUGAUGUAUUGGCUGCGUCAUCUACACCACAACAGGGGACUGUAUCAGAGACUGAAUCUGAAGAAUCUAACAACGGCCUGUCGCACUGUGGUAGUCAACAACUGUUGGAGACUUUAAAUGUCAGAGAGACAUAUGUGUGAUAUGUAAUGUUUUGUAACAUCCAUAAAUAAGUGGGUUAUUUUUCUACUGAUGUAUUUUGAAGCAAAAAAGAGUACCUGUAUCUACAAAAUAACAAGAGCUUCUAAGAAGUCUGUAAUCGUAUAUAUAGUUUCUAUAUAAAAUGCAGCUUUGAUGAGUUUGUGAUCUAUGAAAUGUAUAGCGCCUGCACUUUACUUUGUUGCAUUGUCCACAAUCAUAGCAGUCACGUCUUGUCUUGAGGCCAAAUUGCAACGGUGAAAUCAAGUGGUAUCAAUGUCAAUCAAAUGCCUUUACUGCGACUCAUCAGUCAGAUGUAGAACAGGUGUCUCGAGAAGGUAUAUACUGAGGGAAAAGCGCAUACCUCACGGUGACCUGCGAUACUUAUAAAAACUGGUACGAUACUACCACGCCCAAUGUGUAUGUACAGUCAUUAAGGGUGGAUUCACGUGGACACGGUUUGACAAGAUACACACCCAUGGUAGAGAAAAAAAAAACAACUGUUCAUGUAAAAUGGAUCUUAAUAGCACUUUUGUGACCGUACACGGAAUAAACAUUUGUAUGUUGUCCUAUCA